AUGGCUCGAAGGUCAAUAGCAGUAUCCACACCCAGAAUCUCAAAUAGGUUGGUUGCCCCCCGUCGCCAGACUCGCUCUCUGACUGCGCUCUGAUGUCUAGGAUCUCCAUGCUACCCUGAAUCCGCAGGCCGCGGCAAUCGCUGUCCCCUCCGACAUCAGGCUCCGAUCUGGAGGAUGAGGAGAGCCAACAAUGUGAAGAGGAAUUGCGAUCGCGGAUGCUGGGAGCUCUGCUGCGCCAUCAGCAGCACUUCCUUGAAGCAGCUGUGCCAUCCUCUGCGGUAGAGGUGUCCCACUUGGCUGGACGGCCGUCUCACGCGCACAAGAAAGUGAAGAGUGCGGUAACGGAGCAUGCUGAAAAUAGGGGAGGAGACACUAUGCGUUCUGAAUGCGUGGGACAGCUGGAGCAUUCCCGCGAUCUGCAGAGCAGCUUGCUGUUGAGGGAGCCGGCAGAGGCGACAGCUGCGAAAGGUGUCUUGCUUCGCGUGCUUCUCGCCAUCAGCAGAAAGCGCUUGCUGACAUGAGCUUUUUUUCUUUCUCUCGUUAUCCGGUUCUGUCUGCUCAACUCGUUCAUCUAGUCCAUGUAUCAUCGACUAGCGCAACCCUGCAUCGUUCCGAAGUGGCAGUACUUAGCGGGCAACCGAUGGCAGGAACCUCAGUCUUAG